CAUUCAGAGUCUUGGGACUGAUUUAGCACAAAGGCCCUGGAUACUUGAUCACUUGUUCAUGUUGUGCUUACCUGCAGUUACAGACCCACGGUGACAAGUCACCUGCGGCCCGCCUCUGCCUGAACAGGUGCAUCUGAUCUCCUGACUUACAGAGCCCUCUAAAAAUCAGAGCCUCUGGAUCCAUCCUUUCUCAAAGAGUUUAGUUCCAACUCAAGGUGCUCCAAAAUGAACCAGAGGACAAGAAGUUUUUCGAGAGAACUGCUUCUCAGAAAGGAGAUGGAGCACAUGUCUCCCAGGCUGAAAACCUUCCUCUCUGAACCCAUUGGGGAGAAGGAUGUGGCCUGGGUGGAUGGAAUCAGCUAUGAACUGGCCAUCAAUUUGGUCACCAAAGGUUUCGACAAGGCCUAUAUCCUGCUGGGACAGUUCCUUCUCAUGCACAAGAACGAGGCAGAGUUCCAGAGGUGGCUCAUUUGUUGCUGUGGGGCCACGGAGCAUGAAGCCCGCGAGAGCUCCACCUGCCUGAAGAAGUGGUGUUCCUACUUCCUGUAAACACCCGGGCCUGGCCGCUCUACCCCAGAUAAACGACUCAGUCACCACCUACACCCAG